GCACUUUAUUAAUGCUGAUGAUUUCUAUUUAUAGUGAUAUUUUCAAGUAGGUUUCACCCUUUCCUCGGUCUUAAUGCGGUGCUAGUACUUUUUAGUACCUUUGUCCAUCUGGCAUGACAACAUGAAUUCACCCUACGCGGCCGUGCAGUACUACCCCGAUUUUGCCUUUCACCGACUGAGGGAGCGCCGGGACGGCCCCUUCCUCGCCACCUCGUCCCACGGUCCGGCCACACCAACUGCUGAGAUUUUCAGCCAGGACGUCUUCAACCAGCUAUUCGACAUGCUUGACCACUCCUCCAUACAUUCAGUGUUCGGCGAGGGUCCACCUCACGUCUCGACGGGGAAUACCAUUCAAAUCAGCAUGGACUGCAUCACCAUGCACGAGCCUGACGACGCGCUAGCUUCCCAGUACACCAACCUGGGCCUGUUGAACAGCAUGGAUCAGAACAUCCAGAACGGAGGCUCAACGUCCACCAGCCCGUACAACCCAGAACACAACCAGAACGGUGUGACGGCGCCGUCGCCCUACGCCCAGCCCAGCUCCACCUUCGACACCCUGUCGCCCUCACCUGCCAUCCCGUCCAACACUGACUAUGCCGGACCACACACCUUCGACGUGUCCUUCCAGCAGUCCAGCACGGCCAAGUCCGCCACCUGGACGUACUCCACAGAACUGAAAAAGCUGUACUGCCAGAUCGCCAAGACGUGUCCCAUCCAGAUCAAAGUUCUUACCACUCCGCCGCAGGGCGCCGUCAUCCGCGCCAUGCCCGUCUACAAGAAGGCGGAGCACGUCACCGAGGUGGUGAAGCGCUGCCCCAACCACGAGCUCAGCCGCGAGUUCAACGACGGUCAGAUCGCACCUCCGAGUCACCUGAUUCGCGUGGAGGGUAACAGCCACGCCCAGUACGUGGAGGACUCUAUCACAGGGAGGCAGAGCGUGCUUGUGCCGUACGAGCCGCCUCAGGUGGGCACAGAGUUCACUACCAUCUUGUACAACUUCAUGUGCAACUCCAGUUGCGUGGGUGGCAUGAACCGGCGACCCAUCCUCAUCAUUGUCACUCUAGAAACCAGAGACGGGCAAGUUCUGGGCCGCCGCUGUUUUGAAGCUCGAAUCUGCGCUUGUCCCGGCCGCGACCGCAAGGCGGACGAGGACAGCAUCCGCAAGCAACACAUUACAGAUGCCUCAAAGAGCAGUGAGGGUACGAAGCGCCCUUUCCGACAGGUGUCUCACGGUAUCCAAAUGUCGGCAAUCAAGAAACGAAGAUCCACGGACGAGGAAGUGUUCUGUUUGCCUAUCAAAGGACGCGAAAUCUACGAGAUUCUGGUGAAGAUCAAAGAGUCUCUGGAGCUUAUGCAGUUUUUGCCGCAACACACGAUCGAGUCGUACCGGCAGCAGCAGCAGAACCUACUGCAGAAACAGACGUCAAUGGCACCCCAGCCCACGUACGGCUCAAGCUCGCCCCCCCACGGCAAAGUCAACAAGCUGCCAUCGGUCAGUCAACUGAUCAACCCGCAGCAGCGCAACACGCUGACCCCGUCCGCCAUGACUGCAGGACUCACCGACAUGACUCCCAUGAUGGGCACUCACAUCCCCAUGAGCGCUGACAUGAGUUCACUGAGCCCCACUCACGCCCUGCAGCCCCAGCUGCCCCUGGUGCCCUCCUCGCACUGUACGCCCCCUCCUCCGUACCCCAUGGACAGCAGCAUCUCCAGCUUCCUCAUUCGUCUGGGCUGCGCAGGCUGCUUGGAUUACUUCACAGCACAGGGUCUAAGCAACAUCUACCAGAUUGAGAACUAUAACAUGGAGGACCUGUCGCGGCUCAAGAUCCCCGCCGAGUACCAGCACGCCAUUUGGAAAGGCAUUCUGGAGCAUCGGCAGGCUAUGGACUUCUCCCCCCCACCCCACAUCGUACGCACCACCAGCGGGGCAUCCGCAGUCAGCUCGUCCGAGGCACGCGGCGAACGCGUCAUCGAUGCCGUGCGCUUCACCCUGCGCCAGACCAUUUCCUUCCCGCAGCGCGACGACUGGUCCGACUUCUCCUUCGAUCUGGAUUCGCGCCGCAACAAGCAGCAGCGCAUCAAGGAGGAAGGAGAGUAGAAGCGGAACAAUCCCAAACGCCCGGAACAUUUCCCAUUUUUCUUUUUAAGAGACGUGCACUUAUUUUUUUAUCCUGUGGCACGCUUCUGAUUUCUUGAGAGCACUUAAGAAAUGUUAAAAGUGUUUUUAAAAAAUGCAUUUCCAAGUCCUGAUUGUACAUUUCAAAUACUUUCUCCCUAUAUUUAGCCGGUAUGGCGCCACCUAUAGGCGCCAAGUGUUGUUGUACAGGAAAAGGAGCAUCAUUUCAAUUUCAAGUGUUACCCAUUCCUACUGUAUGUUGUAUUUGGUUGCGGAUUUUUAUGUGGAAUUCAUGUAUGUACAUGUUGUAUAGUUUUUUUCUUGGACAUGAGGAAAUAAAAAGUUUGAAAUUGAGAAAAAAUAUAUAGCAGCAUUUUCCUAGUUUUUGUACAAUUUUUUCACUGUAAAUAUGUUGAGGCUAUUUUGAUAUAAAUCAAAAAUAAAUAUCCAACUUUCUUGACUACUUUUGUGUUUUGUCUCAUUUAGAACUCUAGUGCUGCAACGAUUAAUCAAUUAACUCAAGCAAUUCGAUUACAAAAAAGCUGCAUCGAGGAUUUGUUUAGUUUGAGUAACGUUGUAAUGGUUUGUUUUCAAAGUGUUGCAUUUAGUUUUAUUGAUUUGAGUGGAUACAACAGUGAAUAUGCCGUAA